ACUGCUUUGGUCAUCCAGGAACCACAACAGAUCAACAACACUGCUAAGGAAAAAGAAACAGAGUCAGGAGAUCUGCAACUUCUGUUCUGGCAAAGGGAGGCAGCAAUGUUGAAGCAACAGCUGCAGAGCUUGCAAGAGAGUCAUAGGCGGAUGAUGGGUGAAGAGCUUUCUGGGUUAAGUGUCAAAGAUCUACAAGGCAUGGAGACCCAACUUGAAAUGAGUCUUAGGGGUAUCCGCAUGAAAAAGGAACAACUUCUUUUUGAUGAAAUCGAAGAACUUAACCGAAAGGGAAAUCUGAUCCACAAUGAAAAUGUCGAACUAUGCAAGAAGGUAAACCAAAUUCGUGAAGAAAAUACAGAACUUUAUAACAAGGUUUAUGGAAUAAGAGACACAGAAGCAACAAACAGGAAUGCAUUUUUAUCAAAUACUUUAAGCAUAAGAGAAGAUCCACAUACCACCAUCCAUCUGCAACUUUCCCAGCCAGACCAACACGAAGCAAUAGAACCACCACUACACUCUACAAAUUUGGGAUUACAACUACAUUAAAGAGAAGGCUUGGCUAAAUGGUUUCUUAUCAAAGAUAAGCACAUAUAGUUUAAAAGUAUUUAGUAAUAGCCAGCGGUUUCAAGAUUAUAGACAAUUCAGAAUGUCUCUAUUGGCAUGAUUGACGGAAUCAAAUAUGAUACUUGGAGGUGAUUAAAAACCAGCUGCCCAUAAAAGAUUAAUGAAGAUAAUAAAUUGAAGGUCAAAGAACUGCAUGAGUCAAGUUUUACGUUUUAUUCCAUAGACAUUGUCACUUCUGAUUGAGCAUUGAGAUGAAACAACUAACAUCGAAAGUAUGAUUUG